GCUUCUUCAGCCCCUGUCUCUGAGGAAGCCUCCACCUCUGAAGUCUUCACGGGCUUGGGAACUCGGUAUGGUCUGUCCGAUGGCUGUACCGAGGAAGACUGCUGGCAAAGUGGCGCCUGUAGCUUUGUCGACUACGAUUUGCCCUCGAGUCUGGAUGGUUCUACCUGCGUCUCGGAUGAUAUCUGGAAUGAUGGUGCCAACUGCGGCGGUUGUAUUUCCGUCACUUACAAGGGUGUCACUUUGAAGAUCAUGGUAACCAACAGGACUGGCGGAAAUGCUACUCAUCUUGAUAUGACCCCGUCGACCUGGUCGAAGCUGACCAAGGGUUAUUCCGGAGGUGGAGUUGACGGCAUUGAAUGGGAAUGGAUAAAAUGCCCUCUUCCAGAGUCGUCAUCUCUUCAAGUUCACAUGCACAAAGGAGCUUCUAAGUACUGGUUCGCUGCCACUAUUGAGAAUGCUGUCCUCCGCACCAAGAAGGUUGAGGUCAGCAGCGACAACGGCAAGACCUGGCAAGUUUGCACCCUUCAUGAUCCCAACAUGUACAUUUUUGACGACAAGACUCUCCCUGGUGACACUGCCUAUGUCCGUGUUACCGACAUCAACGGUGGUCAGGUUAUCGUGAAGGAUGUUGUUCUCAAGUCUGGCGUGGUGACCAAGGCUACCUAG